AACAUCAUGGCAGUGAUACCUGUGGUUGACUUUAAUGAUUAUGGCCUCCAUAUUGAUGCUGAGCACAGCCCAACUGAUGAACAACUACAAGAGCUUGCAGAGGAUGUGUAUAAGGCACUGACUGGGGUGGGCUUUAUGUAUAUCAAGAAUCAUGGCAUACCAGCUGAUUUGAUCAAAAGAAUGGAGAGUAUUGCGAAGGAGUUCUUUAACUUACCAAAGGAAGAAAAAGAAAGUUUUGCUUUACUGCAGAUCUCAAACAUGGAUAUACAGGGAUUGGAGGACAAAAGUUAGGUGAAUCCUUUGAUGUAAAAGAAACUUAUGAUUUUGAAUAUUGGCUCCCUCCAAAAUGGCCCAAGAAUGUGACUGGUUUUGAUGAAGGAUUUACAGAAAUAUUCAAAGAAUUUUCCAAUUUGCUUAAGCGAGUACUGGGGGUGAUGGCAUUAUCAUUACAACAGGAGAGAACUCUCUUCACCAAGCUCCAUAACACUUUAACAAAGAAGACGAGGACACAGGUGAGAAUAUUAAACUAUCCAAAGAUGCCAGAAGAUUUUACAAAGACUGAGAAUCAAAUGCGCCUAGGGGAACAUACAGACUGGGGCACUGUCACCUUCAUUGCACAAGAUAAUAUGGGUGGCUUGCAAGUGAAAUCACGCUCUGGAGACUGGAUUGAUGUCACACCUAAAGAUGGUUGUAUUAUAGUUCUGAUUGCGGAACUCAUGCAGAGAUGGACUUCAGACAAAUUCCAAGCUAAUCCACACAGGGUGGUGAAGCUGCCAUGUGAAUCAGAGAGCAUUAAAGGAGGAGAAAAGUCUAGAUUCAGUAUGAUCUACUUUGGAAACCCUGAUUGGGAUGCAGUUAUUAACAGCAUUGAUGACUCCAAAUAUGAACCCAUUAAAGCAAAUGACCACUUAGAUGAACUUUGGAAUGAAUCAUUUGGAAAAUAUUGAGAUAAACCAAAAUAAGAACACACAUUUGUAUAAACUACAGGAACAAUCAUAUAACAAAACUGUAGAUAAAUAUUAAUUAGACUAAAAACAUCAUUAUAUGGUAUGCUCAUCAGAGCAUUGUUUACACUUCUGCAUAUCAGUCCUUAAUAAAAUAAAACACAAAAAAACUCUGUAACAUUAAAUUAUGAUUCAUAAGCACAGUAUAAAAAGGCAUAGUUGACUUCAUAUGUUAAGUCCUUUUGAGUAUUGAAUGGCACUGUUUGAGUCUACUGUACCAUAUUUCACUGUACCCUUAGUUUUAUUGUAGCCAAAAUGAUACCAUAGCAGUGUAGUGCAGAGAUAAGUUGUAUAAAGUGAAGAUUGCAACUUUCAAUUCAAUAAAGUAAAAC